AGUACGCGUCGGUUUUCAUACAGUUGACAUUUAUACAUAUAUUAUAAUUUUCUUAAUGUUCCCCGUUUUCUUAAGUGUGCAGCUGUCAUAUUAUUAUAACACUUGAAGAUUAACAUUUCUCGUCCAAUGAACGGAAAAUGUUUCUGUUUAAUUUCUUUUAUUCUUGCGGUAAAUUUUUUGUCAAACGCAAGAGGAAAAUAUGUCUAUGGUCAGUUUAUAUGUUGAUAUGUUUUAUUUAUACUGCUUUGAAUUUGUAUAGUAUAGGCAGCGUAAUAUAUAAUACUUACAUGCUGUUUGUUCCAUAUUGUGUAAAUGUCGUUUAUAUAUAUAAAAAAAAAACUAAAUUUGAUAUAUUAUUAUUUGUCUAUUACAAAUAUGUGUACUAAUAAUUUAUCAUUUUAAAUAUUAAUACAUAUUAUGUAUUAUAAAAAAUAUGCGGCCGUUAAUAUAAUCUUUAAAAAUUGUUCCUUAAAUGUAUAAAAAAACUGAGUAUUUUUCUUGAAUUUAAGUUUCUAUCGUUUUAUUUUGGAAAUUAUCGCUUUUUUUUUUUCAUAAAUUUGUAUUACGCUACAAAUACAUAAUAAUAUAUCCUCAAUUUGAAAAAAUGUUGAACAUUUUGUCUUCGAUUACAAUUUUUCAGUAUGUUUUUUGGUAAAUUAAUGAACAUUUUAUAAUAUUUAGAUUGACAUAUUACAGUGAAACCUCUAAAUAGCGGACACUCUUGGUCACCAACAUUUUGUCCGUUAUUCGGAGGUGUCCGUUAUUCAGAGGGGAUAAAUUUUUGAAAUUUAUUUGUAUAAUAAUGUACUAUGUACGUACAUACAUACAUAUAUGUAAUAUUAUUACUUAUUAUUUAUUGAAAAUUAUUACAUUUUUAUAUUUUUACAAAUUACAUAUUUUAAUUAUUAAUUACAUAUUAUUAUUUAAAGUAUAUUUUUAUACAAUAUCCGCGAUCUGUGUUUUUCCAACUUGAAACUUUUCUGCGAGUGCACGAAUUCCUACGUUUCCGUUAUUUUUACGGUAAUCUAAAAUGUCAACUUUUUCACUAAGUGACAACCGCUUUCGUUUUAACGUAGUCAUCGCCUUGAAAACCGUCACUAACUGACAUACGUCCCAUAACGAGUUUGUUAUCGUAAUUAUUACGAUUAUACAUUAUUACGAGAGUGCAUACGAAUGUGAAUACGUAUUAUUUUCAAAUAAUGAUUAGGGAUUUACCAUUAUUUUAAAAAUUCCCUAAUAAAAUAAUAUAUAAAUUUAUAAUUAUAAAAUUUUGUAAAUAAAAUAAUGUCCGUUAUUCGGAGAGUCCGCUAUUCGGAGGUUUUCCUAUUGAAAAGUAGUGAAAAUGUCCCCGUUCCUCAAAAAACGUCCGCUAUUGGGAGGUGUCCGCUAUUGGGAGGUGUCCGUUAGUGGAUGUUUCACUGUAUAUGCAAAUUUACAACGUUUUUAAAAUACAAUUUUUCGAAGAAUUUUUGUCUUUUAACCAGUUAUUAAUAUUUCAGGUGCUAUCCAAUUUAGUCCGUUUGACGGUUACACGGAUCCAAAAAUAUUGGAAAACAUUGUCGCAGCACAGUUAAGAGCUCAAUAUUCAAAUAUGUAUGGUGUAGGCGUUUAUGAAUAUCAAUGCCCGUUAGGUGGGAUUUUCGGAGGAUUACGGAAUUUAUUUUGGAAUACAGUAUCGAGGUUAUAUCCUAUGAUAGGAUCGGCAACAAACACGGCAGGGAAAAAAAUAAACAAUUUGAUUAGUCAUAGUCGCAGACUUCGAAGACGCUUGAGUCGAGCCGCUUCUUAUGGAUUAAGGGGAUUGAAUACAAAAUCGGUGGAAGCAGAAGAGAGUGAUGAAGUGGAUAACAGUGACGAAGAUCCCGAAGACGUUAAGGAGGAUAAGAAAAAAGGCAGUCGUAAAAAGAAGCAAAGCUCCGAAGAACCUUCCGAUGAAAACAGCGACGAAGAUAACGAAGAUGAUGGAAAAAAAAACAAAAAGGAUCCAAAAAAGGGUAAACAGCAAAAACCGUCGAAAAAAGAGGAAAAUUUAGAUGACUUAUUUAAAUAGGGUAAAUUUUAAAUGACACACUAUUAUACAAUUUCGAAACAUGCAUUUUUAAAAUAAACGAUGAAUUUAACAAUGAAAAUAUCCAUGGUUUUAUCAUCGUAUAAUAUUAAUAUUAUUUAGCAAAG